AUGUCCGAGGAUCCCAACUGUCGAUACCACCAUCUAUAUCCCGUCUAUGGGCACCGGUAUCCUGGGGACGACCGAUGGUACCAUUGCGUCGGCUCGGCCAUGACAACAAGUACGACAAAAGCCUCGACGACGACAACGGCAAAGACGACUGCAAAGACAACGACCGAGAAACCGAAUGACGGGCUGGGGGAUGAGGUCAUCUUGAUUGCAGUGGUGGAUAACCGUGUUCGGCCCUACCUACAAGCCAGAGAAGACGCGUCAGAAUAU